GUACAGUAUCAUUUGUAAUAAUAUUUAUUAAACAUAUCCAUUCCUCUCUCAUCUUUUUCUAUUCUUUUCUUCUCUCUUCUUUGUCUCGACAAACUUACUCAUCAGAUUUUAUUUAACGUGGGGCUAAAAAGCAACUCAGGACGCAAGCAUAUUAUCAUACACUUGGAUUAACAUUUCAUGUAUUCUGGACGUCAGGCAUCAUCAUCGGCAAGGCAGUUGGGACUAUCUUUCCCUGGCCAGUUUGCACAUUCACAACAGCCACGACAAUAUCAAUCACAACAACAUCUGCCCUUACAACAACAACAACAUUAUCAUUAUCAUCAGCAACAAUUCCAACAACAACAACAACAUCAACAGCAGGAUGAGGAAUCAAUGCCGCCUGCCCGCGAGUUCACAAUAGUGGCGCUGGGUAAAAGUGGAGAAGGAAAAAGCACAUUGUUGAAUUCAAUUCUUGGCAGACAGAUGUUCAUGGCAAAAGCUUCUGUCAGUGAAGUAACACAGCAUGUAGAUAAAGCUACGAACCAUUUUCUAAACAUCCCUACAAAUCCAGUAAUGCAUUGCAUCGACACUCCUUCGUUCAAUGGCAAACUCCAUGAUCCUCAUCGAGUUAAGGAACUUGGAGUCCUCUUGACCAAGGUUGCAGCAGGAGUCGAUGCAUUCUUAUUUGUAGUCAAAUGCACACGAUACAGAUAUGAUAAUACAUUCCAUCAGACACUUCAAACAUACCAAAGCUUAUUGACGCCUGCGUUCUGGUCAAAGCUCAUAAUUGUCUUCACACAUGCAACGCCAGAACUCUUGCCAGUGGCUCAAUCGCGUGUGCCUCUCAUGGCUUGGGCUCGGGAGAUCCAGGAUAACUUCAAAUUGGCUACGCCACCCAUGGUGGUCUUUGCAAUGGAUUACAUUCGAUUUCCAUAUCCUUUAGGAGGUGCACAAGACUUUUGGGAACGAUUGAUGGAGUUGGAUGCAAAUACAGAACCAUACUGCCACAAACCGUUCUUGGAAAGCUUUGGAAACGGGAUCGCAGUCGAGGGGUACGUGGCGAGGAUCAAAGGUCAUUUGGCAUUGUUUGAGCCAAGCUUCUUUGAGGACCAGGCAGAAGGCCAAUACAGGGAACAAGAACUCAAGAAACGGAAAGAGAGUCGGUUCAACUUGUUUCGGAAGAGUACACGUGCAACCAGAUGAUUCCCC